ACUUCAAACAAGUAGUCCCUGAAAUAAAUGUACAUAAUUCUAAAGUCAAUCUUGUUUGCAUAACGACGGAGCCAAAAUUUGUUUUCCUUAAAAUGUUUCAAAAUCGUAUAUUUUGUUUUUUGAUUUUUGCCAUCUUCCUGUUAACCGCAUGUGCUUCAUUUAAAAAGGACCUUGUAAUGUGUGGGGACUGCACUAAGGAUAACAAGGAACACUGCAUAAUUGAAAGCGAUUCGGGAUACUAUGUACAACGACACCAUCCCCUUUCUGAAUCGAUGGCUUUAAGAUCCAAAUCAUCCCCUCCGCAAACCGCUGACUUGGGCGUGUGCAUGCCUAGCAACAUGAAAAUUGAUGCCGAAGAUGGAACUUUCCAAUAUAUUUGUGUUUGGUCACCCGAACUUGGUUGUCAUGUUCUUACACCUAAGGGCGAAGAGGGUACCAGUUGUUCGUUAUGCCGAACGAGAGAUAUUGAUGAUAUACCAAAUUGUCCGUGUAAGAGACCCAAGUCUGGCAAAGGCAAAAAGAAAAAUGAGAAAUCGGGAUCAAAGCAAAUCUACACCGGAUCUCUGCUUGUAAUUAUUGCUGCUUAUAGUGUACAGCAUGUUCACCAGGCAACUUACUUAUGAAACUAAAGCUACAUAUAUGGGAUUUAGAGACGAGUUCUAGAACAACCGAGUUAAUAUUUUACCAAGACCUUACCGGAUUCCCAAGCAAAUGCAGUUGUUCACAGUUCCUCUAUCCCACGUUUCUAACUAAGUUGUUCUAAUGGCAAUACUUCAUGUAAAUAAAUAAUUAACGAUCAAAUGUUUCAAAA